AUGUGUUCCAUGCGACACACAUUGCACAACGGGCUGCAUUGUCCAAACUGGUGUUUGUUUGGCCAUUGUGUCAACUGCAAUUCAAACGAAGUUAUUGACGAGUCUGAUGGAACAACAAAAUGUGAGGCGUGCUCUUCGUUCAACUCAAAUUGCAAUUUGUGUGCAUCAGACCAAUCGCAUGCGCGUGAGGAAUGCAACACAAAUUAUUACCCGGACACAUCAACAGAUUUCAAAUGCAAAAGGUGUGACGCAACAUGUAACGGAAGUUGCAACACGCGAAAUGGGUAUUGCACGGGGUGCCUGUCAAAUUACGUCUUUGUUUCUUCAACAAGUAUGACAUGCCAAAGUUGCAGAAUGUUUGAUCUUCAUUGUGAGACUUGUUCGCCCGACUUUUCCAGAAAGUGUGUGACCUGUGACAGUGGGUAUUACCCGUCAAAUGGAAUCUGUGUAGCAUGUUCGACAACGUGUCAACAAAACGAGUGCAACACAGCAAAUGGUAUGUGCAUGUUAUGUAUUGAUAAUUACGUUGUGACUUCACCAAUUUCAACAAAUUGUAUAAUGUGCUCUGCAUGGAACAAAGAUUGUGUGACUUGUGCAACAAAUUUCACUCAGAAGUGUGUGAAAUGCAAAAAUGGUAAAUUUGCAUCAAAUGGAAAUUGUAUAGAUUGUGAUUCAACGUGUGGGGGUACCUGCGAUGGGGUGAGUGGACAUUGUACUGGCUGUACAUCAACGUAUGUCCCUUCCAACACAAAUCUAUCUCUGUGUAUUUUAUGUCAGGCAUUUGAUUCGAAUUGUGAGAGUUGUGUGACUGGUGAAAGAAAGUGCACAAAGUGUUCAACGUUAAACAUGUAUCCAGACGACACAACACAUAUGUGUGUAUCAUGUUCAACAACAUGUGGAGGGAGCUGUGAUGCAACAAAUGGAAUAUGCACAACAUGUCAAGAUAACUUUGUUUUCCAAUCAACCAAAUCACGUGUCUGCGAAUCAUGUUUAACUUUUGACACACAUUGUAAUAAAUGUUUGUCUGCAUUCGAAAGAAGGUGUGUGAUGUGUAACACGGGAUAUUACCCCAAUGAAAUCGGCCAAUGUGUUUAA